AUAUGGCACUCCGUGAGGAUAGUUGGGAGGAUGAGUUGCAGGGACAGUUCUCGCUUUUAUCCGCUACUUCAUUCGAGGUCAAAGAAGAAAGUGAGGACACACAUGGAAGCUCCAACACGGGGAUACUAGACUUAAGUGACGAAGUCUUUAUUCUCAUCUUACGACGGCUGGAUCCCACGUCUCUCUUGAGAGUUGGGAGCACCUGCCGAACCCUGUUUCGAGUUUGUUCCUGCAACUCACUGUGGACAAAACACUUCCAGACCUCAUUUGGAGUCCCGUUUGCCACCGCCACCUGCUCCGUCUCUGCCAAGAGUGCUUUCCGUUUGAUCUUCAUGUGGCGAACUCUCUUUAGAAACCUGCAUUGUAACCGGUCUCUUCAGGAGAAGCUCUUUGCAGAGAUCCCAUUCCCGCCACACAAGUACUGGGUCCAGUGGCUGGUUCUGGAAGAGACUGUUCCUCUGCCCUCCGUGAGACUGCCUUGCACCGACAUAGAGAGCUUAUGGGGAAUUGAGAAGGAAGUGUUGGAAGGUAAAGUCCAAGAGAAAGAUGAGGACGAGGGCAGAAUGCUGAAAUUCGAAUGGAAGGAGCUGUAUUCCUUGGCCCUUGAGCACCAUGGAAGCAUUGCCAAGGUUUUCCAGCAUGUUCUCAACCAACAGAGCAAUGACCACUGUGAGCUGGAGGCCAUGUUCAGUCAGUACAGCCAGUGUCGGUUCCAAUGGCUCUUCACCUACUGGUUGUUCCGCCAGCCAGCGCCCUUCGACAGGCAGCUCAGGGCCAUCUACCUGCAGUGGCAGAAGCACAGCAAGAGGAAGGUGGUGUCCUGGGGAGGCACGUUGUGUGACAUCAGGUACCUGGCCUCAUUGCAUCACAUCACCACCGACUACUGGCGGGGCAAGCUGGCCCAGGGUGACGAGACUGUGGGAAUUCAGACAGUGGAAAACUAUUUCUCCAUGUGCAAAUCCCUGGUGGCCUGGAUUUUAGGGCGUGACUGGGGCAGAUUGAAAAGCAGAAAGGUGUACGAGGACACGCUGGAGGGUGUGUACCUGCUGCUGAGGAGGGAGAUGCAGGAGACCCUGGUGGAGCACGAGAGGUUCUGGCAGGUGGCCAAGGUCCAGAUGACCCGAGUGUGCACCCUGGAGGAGACUGCUGUAAACUAUGUCAACUGGAAGAUGAUUGAAACACUGCCCUAUUACAAGCUAUACAUGGUGUCAGGCAACAGGGUUUACCUAGACCACGUGCAGGGCUUCCUCCACAGGAAGAGGCUGGUCCAUGACUGGUUCUUCAUGAAGGAGAACACCUGGGUCAGACAGCUGCUGCCUGGGGACCUCUACCCUCUGCUGGAGUUUGACACCAAGAUCUCCCAAGACAGCCUGCAUGGAGACUCCAUGCCAGCCCAGCUGAGCAGGGUGAUGUGGCUGUACCUCCACUCAGGACAGACACUCUACCUGGAGGCAGUGAAAGGCCUGGUGCUGCAGUGUGCUCAGGCCAGUCUGGGGCACUUCUGCAACCUCUCCCCUAGUGCCUCUAUUCAGCCCCAUGUCAGCUAGCUGGCUAACGCAGAUUGACCACUCCGUUUUCGAGCCUCUACGAGAUGUACAGUACCACGUUCUUUACUGGAUCCGGUGUCCAGUGCUUUUAUCACUUUUUACUGUAUUUUAUCACAGCUCAGAUUUUAGCUGGUGAGCUGGAAUUAAUCUAGAUUUUAAAUUACUUUUUAAACUUGAAUCUUUAUCAAUAGUUAAUGAAAUGUAGGCUAUUGAUGUAGAAACCUUGUUUGCGGUUAUGUAAUUACUCUACAGCCAACAUUUGGGGCAAGCCAUUGAAGUGAUGACAUUGCUCAAUCAUUCUCAAAUGGUAAAUGUAUUCCUAUUCAAAGCCUAACAAUUCUUGGCCAAUUAACAGGCUAGAAACUUAACAGUGCUGGGUUGCUGUAUAAUGAAUAAA